GCGGGACUACAGUGGGCGGAACUGGAGGGACUAUGGCGAAGGAUUCGAAUUCCGAAGGAUUUAAUUUGCCGGAGAAGCGACCGCGGCCCUGGAGGUUACAUAUGUGGAUAAUUUGCUAAAACAUCAAGCUAUGCAGAAAAGCCUCAAGAGGAACAAUAAUUCAAGAGUUUCUGGCAUAAAAUUGAAUUCUGUGGAUGCUGAGAAGGAAAAGAAAGAGAGUCAAAAGACCUUUGUUGAACUGUUGCCUCCAGAAGUCACUUUUAAAAUUUUCAGUCAGCUGGACAUUCGGAGUUUGUGCAGGGCUUCCAUAACUUGCAGGAGCUGGAAUUACACAGUAAGAAACAGUGACUCCUUAUGGAAACCUCAUUGCUUGACCUUAAGAGCUGUGUGCCAAAGAGAAGUAGACGAUGAUCUAGAAAGUGGAUAUUCCUGGAGAGUAAUACUACUGAGGAAUUACCAGAAGAGUAAAGUGAAACACGAAUGGCUAAGUGGCAGAUACAGCAACAUAUGUUCUCCUCUUAGCCUACCAGAAAAAAUCAUGUACCCAAUGGAUGUAGAUACAUGGGGGGAAAUUCUAGAAGCAGAACUGGAAAGAUAAGCUGAAAAAUUACAAACACAUCUUGUAACUUUGAGAGUUUACAACUAAAAUGACUCUUAGGUUUGUUUUUUUGUUCGCCUUUUUAAUGUUUAACAUUCAAAAGAAAAUAUUGUAAAAGUCCAGCUUUGUUUUUAUUCUGCACUUUCAUAAAAAUUCUGGCUUUACUGUAAUGCAGAAAAAUCAUGAUAUGUUAUUUAUGUAAAAAUACUAUACUGAUAGAGUGUUUUAAAUGUAUUGCUUCAUGUAUUUAUAUUAGUAUAUUGCAGAACUCUAAUGACAAAGGAGUUUGAUUGGUAUUUCCUGCUUAAUGGUAAUUCAAAAAUUCAGGAAACCAUGUGAAGAAACUGAUUAGUGAUUCAUUAAGUAGUAGACAUAACUAGGCUUAUAACUAGAAGUAGACAUAAUUAGCAAGACUACCUAAAAUGAAAUUAAUAGUAACAUGUUGAAAUGUAGAAUAUAAUAAAUUUAUAUUUUGAUAACUUUGAAAUGUCCAUUUCAGUGGCAUCAGAUUGAAUUGUCAAACACUGAGCCCAUUUUAAAAUGUGCUAAACUUGUGGUUUAGUUUAAAAUUAAUCUGACUGGAAGGCUGAAACUUGUGAGAUCAUGAUACCCGUUACUUGCCUACAGACCUGGAACUGCUCUCAGGGACAGCCAUCAGCACCGCCACACUGUUUUUCUUGGCAAACGCUUUCCAACAGCCUUACAGCACCACCUAGUGUAGAUACUACUUGUAGUAUAACUUGUAGAUAACCAAGGCAAGGGACUUAGAUCAUUUUCGUUUUCCCCACAUUUAAAAGAAAAGAAAACGUGAAAAAAAAAAAAAAGGAGGAAGAGAAGAACUGUAUUAUUUUAGAGUACGCUAUAUACCUGACUUGUUUAAAUUUAUAGUUUUCCAGGAAUCUUUAACUUUUGUUUUUCUUUUUCUUAAAAGUAGAUGGUAUAGUACUCACUAUACCAGAUUGUUCGUUCUGAAUCUGUGGUCAACACCAUAGUAAAAAGUGUCUGUGAAACAUUUUAGUCAGUAUGGCAUUUUCUUCUUAAAUUGUGCUCUGUGGCACAAAAAAUAAGAAUCCGGGAAACCAGUAUUUAACAAAUAGGCACAAUAUUGGAAAGAUGCCUUACUCUAUGCAGAUUCCUUGUGUUGGAUCAAGCAGGUAAGGAUCUGUUAGAAGGAAUCUUAAAGACCAGGCAUCAUUCCCUAGGACUAGUUGACAAUCCCUUUUAGAGGAAUAUCUUUCAGCCACCAUUAACUCUCUUCUUGGCAAACUCUUUUGUAAAACUUAUUCUCUGGACUUGGAAACCAUCCCUAGAUUAUACCAUUCUGGAUUAAGUGGCCCUCGUUAAGGAAGGUUCCCAUAGUUCUUUGUACAUACCAUUCUCAAAGCUGUCUACUACAUUAAAUUGUCAGUCUUAUUUGUCUGUCCCCCUUGCCCCCACUGCUGCUUUGGACUAUGAGAUUCUUUUUUUUUUUUUUUUUCCUAGUUUAUUUAUUUUGAGAGAGAGAGGUAGAGACACAA